UUCACAGAAAUUCUGUAGUCGCGGGAAGGAGGUGGAAUUCAAUGACAGGUUGAUAAGCUUUGAGAUUCUUUUCUUCUUCUUUCUGUCUACAAAAGCCUCAAGAUCAAUUGGGAUCUUGUUGAUAGCUUCUAUAGUUAUAUAGCACAGUCUAUGACGUUUAAUUGCUGAGGAAAGAUCAUCUGAAGAGGCAAAAAACCAGUCUACAAGUUUACACCCCCUGUAGCUGCUGAGCUCAACAAAAUGCCCCUCCUGCACAAGAAGACUUUCCAUUUGCAGCCAGUUCCCAAAGACCUGCGACCAGACGAAGAGGUUUUUGUGUGUCCAGCUACUAAAGAAGUGUUCAGAGAUUAUGAGUCAUUUUUCAAUCGCCAUUUUCUGUGUGAGAGCCUGGUUUGGACCUGUGAGCAUUCUGGCAAGUCUAACCUCACGUAUGGCCAAGCCCUAAAGAGCGAAGAAGAAGCUCAGAAACAUUUGGAUAGUUUGUCGGCCUGUUACCAGAAGGCUGCCCUCUCACUAAUCCACCAUACGCGGAGGACAAACCUCAAGACCCUCUGCGAGGAGAUCAUCUCGUUCUAUAAGCACAGAUUUGUAGAGGGGGAGAUUGUGGACCACUUUCAAACCAAAACUGCUGUAAUCAAAGUUGGUACUAGUGUGAGAAUCGUCAAGGUGCUUCCCCCAGCCCCUCCCACCAGUCCUUCAAUCAUACAGCCCCCUACUCCUAGCGUUGAUCAACUCGCCACAAAAACAGGCCCUGAAACAGUCACCCAAAAUGGGGAAGCAAGCAAUUGCGAGAUCAUCGAUGUGGUUAGCAAUGGUAUCUCUGAGGUAACCCCUACGCCUUCUGAUGCUACCCUCAAACCAGUGACACCGUCAGUCAAGCCAGUUUUCAAGAUCCCUAAGACGCCCCGCACUCCACUAAUCCCCCUCACCCCGGAAAUAUUGCUCAACGCAGAUGACUAUCGCUAUGUUGUCAAAGAUGAGGCUAACCCCGAGAAGAUACGAGAGGUAGAAGCUGCAGAAUUAAGCAGACCAAAAGGACUGUUCACUUCGGCCAAGCUCAAGCUGCUACUGAGAAGCGUCCUGGUCAGGAAGAGUGACAAACAUCCAUUUACUGUGAAAGAAGAUUUUGCUCGGAAGUUUGACCUUGGUCCCUCCACUGUGGACUCUACUCUACCCACUCCAUCUCCCUCCUCCAGGAAACGCUCCCUCUCUCAGUCCCAGAUCAACUCUUUCUUUAGUCCUGACUCAUCUGCUCUCUCUCCUUCGUUUAUGUCUGGCUCCAAACCAAAAAAACCUCGUCCAUCUUCUCUGGCCUCCUCAUCCAAAAAGAGAGUAUCAAUAUCUGGACGAAAAACUCCGGGCAAGUCAAAGUCAGCCAAGAAGUCUAAAAUUCGCAAGUCAACUUCUAUACAAAACACUCCAAAUAAGAGAAGCAAAUUUCUGAAGUCCCCUAAAACUCCACGCAGCACUGCAGAGGCACUAAAGCUCCUCAAUAGGGCAAAGAAAUUCAAGCAGCUUGAUCUCAAAAGCAGCACUGUCCCUAAAGGUAGUAUGUCGGCCGAGGAAUGGAAGUCACUCAAGAAACGCUUGGAGGAGGAAAGAGAUCUAACCCUGGCUCUCAGGGAGGCAGAAAAACAGAGGAGGAAGGAGGAGCGUCUGAGGAAGCUGCGAGAGCUCCACGAAGAAAAAAGACGGGAGAGACUGAAACAAGAAGAAUGGCUGAGGCCACGUGAAGACACUCUCUGUGAAGAUAGCAAGCCACUCCCCUCCCCCGUGCCAGUGAGUACAGAGCUCUCUCCAGAGCUGUUUGGAGAUGCCGUAAUGUUGCUCGAGUUCUUGCACACAUUUGGACCACUCUUCAACAUCAGGGAGGUCAUCAGAGGAGACAUCACCUUUGAUAAAAUUGAGUUUGCUCUCACCACCCAUGAAAUUGAUAGUCUGCUGUUUGAUAUGGUCAAGUUUCUGCUCCAGGCCGUCUUUGCCACUAUGGACGAGGAACAUGAAGGACAGAUCAAUGUCAGAGUUGCCACUGCCAAGAAAGGUUUUAUCAGCCCUCGAGAAACUGCUGAAGACAAAACCGAGCCCUCUAAAGGAGAAGGGUCACCAAUGGAGCAGCGAGAGAGUCGAUCGCAAUCCAAAGAGGAGGCCCCCGAGGAAAUUGAUGAUGACGAGAUGGAGGUCGAAAAAGACGAGCCAAAGUCGCUCGAUGUUCGUGUUGAGACCAUCAAAGCAUCCGCUGCAAAGUCAGCACUUUGGUCCUAUUCCAACCAGAGAGUCCACCUCAAGGAUAUGACCCUUGACCCUUACACAUGUACAGAGGUACUGAGGCUCCACCUACUCUCCAGUGGAGGUUACUCAGAUACGGAGGGCCGAAAGAGAUUCAGGGUUUACCGUCGAGGUGGGUAUACAGAUUCUGACGACCCAGUGAUUGGUCUCCGUUUGAGAUGCCCCCAAGUCGUCGAGGCUCUCGGUCAGUUGUCCAUAUACGGUUUCUCUGCCAAAGACAAACUGGAGAUUCUGUCGACCCUGUGUAUGCAGCUGCUCACUUAUGCGGAUGCCAGAGAGUUUAUAGAAGAGACAACAGCUCGAGUGAAGAGUAUUCGAAAGAAGAUCAGAGAAAUACUGUUCUCGGAGGAGAGACGAAAGAGGGAAGAGAAGUCUGCUCUGUUUAAGGAGAAGAAAGAAAAGGCGAAGUUGGAGAAGGAGAAAAUUAAAGGGGAGGCUGACAAGGGGGAAACAGAAGAUAAAACGAGUCAAGAAGAGACGAUUCCUAAUAAUGCCGAUCCAAGCAAAGUCCCGGACAAUCCUCCUAGACCAAAGAGAAAAACUAGCAAAUCCCCAAGUCCGCAAUCGAGCAAACAAAAAGAGGAGGAGGAAAAAGAAACAGAAGAAGAACGAAUGGCUCGAAUCAAUGAAGAUCUAGCUGAGCUUCGAGAAGAACUGCUUGAGGCCUCUGCUGGUGUGAAUCUCAAACCACUGGGCAUGGACAGACAUCACUCCAAGUACUGGGUGUUCUCUAAUCUACCCGGACUCUUUGUUGAAGAGUCGGAUCAAAAAACAGUCGAACCCACACCUCAACCGGACACCAUUCAGAAGACUAUGCUGGAGAAUGGAGUUGAAUCCCACGAUGCAAUUGAGACAACUGCCUAUUGUGAUACUACCCUGGCUGGGAAAUUUGACCCUGUACCAGCUAUUAUGUGUUCUACACAUAUAAACACUACUGUUGGAGCCACACCCACUGAGAUGACUAAUCAAGCAACGGACACAGCUCCCAAGUGGUACUACUAUGCCACACUCGAAGGCAUCGAAAAUCUACUGGCCUCUCUCAACCCAAGAGGGACUCGAGAAGUUGCACUUAAGAAAGCAAUCGAAACUCAUCGAAGGCAUUUGGAGCGCACGUUGCGUAAAUGCCCAUUUUAUCCAGAUGGCAGCCCAAGAAAUCCUCGUGAAGGUCUUAUUAAAAAUGCGGAUCAGUACUUGGAACUCUAUCUCAGAGAGCAGAUACUUGACAUUGAAGACAAGAUUUUAAUGGGCAACCUUGGUCAUUUGAAGGUAUCAGACAACCGUAUCGAAUGGAGAGCAGCUAUCGAAAAUUCUGGAGCUGCGGCAAUUCUUGCAAAUAGUCAAGAAACUUCUGAAACACCUCAUCCCACCACUGAAGAAGGGGGUGCUCCUAUACCCAGUGGAAGCACGGCUCACAACAUAAGCUUCUCAGCUUCUCAGCUGUCUACUGCCUUGCUACAAAUUCAUGACGGAAUCGAAAAGAAAGUUCUCAUGCCUCCUCUAGGCACUGCUGUAGACACGAAGAAGCAAUCACGCAAAACCAAGAAGGAGGAUACAAUAAAGGAAAGCGAUCUGUGUAUCGAGCAGUGGAAAGACUCCCUAGGACAAUCUACAAGUUUCUCUCAGAUAUUCGUUCAUCUGGCCACACUCGAACGUGCUGUAAUGUGGAGUAAGUCGCUUCUAAAUGUUCGUUGUCGAAUCUGUCGUCGAAAAUGUGGUGACGAGUUUCUUCUUCUCUGUGAUGGCUGUGACCAUGGUUACCAUACGUACUGCCUGAAGCCCCCCCUCAAGCAAAUCCCUGAUGGAGACUGGUAUUGUUAUUACUGUAACCCUGUUACUCCGGUGAAAUCGCGACGAGGGCGGAGGGUGGUUUUGAUCGAAGUGGAAUCAAGUGAUAGCGAAGUUGAAUUAGACGAAGAGCCCGUGAUGGAUAUGGAAAGUGAGGCCGAGAUUAGCGAGGAAAGUGAAGAGGAUGAUGAAGAAGACGUAAAGAUGGUCACACGCUCCAGAGUGACCAAUGAGGUGCCCGUACCAGAAAAGAAGAAGCGAGGAAGACCGUCUAAGAAAAAAAUUAUUGAGAAACGGCAAGUUACGAAAACACAACGUGUUAAAAAGACUCCAAAGCAACCCUCAAACAAACUUAAAAGGCAGUGCAACAACUUAACAGCUGUAGUAGAAAACAGCCGUGCUCGUAAGAAGCUUAAAUUAGACUCUACACCCUCAAAAUCAGAGUCUUUGAUUGCAUCCAUAAUCGAACUCAAGUGUUCCCGAGGUACAAAGUCUCACACCAAUGCGUCUAGGAGGGAACAGAAAAGUCUUGAGAUGCAGCUCUGUGAAGCCAUUUGGCAAGAAAUAAGGCAGAAAGGGGAGAGCAGCUACUUUGAAGCUCCUGUGAACAAAAAAGAGUAUCCACACUAUCAUGAAGUUGUCUCCAGUCCAAUGGAUUUGCACACAAUCAAACAAAAGAUCAAGAAUGGAAAGUGUACGUCCCUCGGUGAUUUCGUUCAAGAUGUCCAUCUCAUCUUCUCCAACUGCCUUCUCUACCACAAGCGGCACUCACAAAUUGGCAAAGCCAGCGUGACUCUGAGGACCUACUUUGAGAAUAGAUGCUCUGAUCUUGGGUUUGACGAUCUCGGAUUAAUCGAGGGAGAGAAAAACACAAACAGUGGACAGGGGAAACUGGGUCGGAGGUCCGCUAGACAAAAAUGAACAUUAAACUAUUCACUUAAUUGUUUUAUUCUAUUUCAUCUACAUUAUACGCAUUAUAAAUUAAUUAUUGUUUCCUAUAAUAAUUGUUGGAUAUUAUUUAUGUUGUGAAAUAAAAUUGUGAUUCUGCUUUUUGA